AUGAAGGAAGGCAACAUCCAUGGGAUAAAAGUUAGAAGAAAUGCUCCUGAGCUUUCUCACAUUUACUUUGCGGAUGAUUGCCUGUUAUUUACGAGAGCAAAUUCCAUGGAGGCUGAUUGUUUGUUAACAACUCUUGACAGGUCCAACAAAGAGGUUUUUUCCUUCGUGAUUGAGAGAGUUUGGAAGAAGGUUAAAGGGUGCAAUGAAAGCUUUCUCUGGAGAGCUGGAAGAGAGGUACUGAUCAAAGCAGUUGCUCAAGCUAUUCCCACAUACAUCAUGAGUUGCUCUAAACUGUCAGAGAGUUAUUAUAAUGAAAUUGAAUCUAUUCUAGAAAAAUUCAGCCUUCUAGGAAAGCAUUAUUGGAGGUUACUGGUGGAUGAACAGUCUUUCGUUGGAAGGGUCUUCAAGAGUCAUUAUUAUCCUAGAAGCUCGAUUCUUGAUGCAAAAUCAGGUUAUUUGCCAAGCUACACUUGGAGAAGUAUCCUGAAUGCUGGUGAGGUAGUAAAGAAAGGUUAUAGAUGCAGAAUUGGGAAUGGGGAAAAGGUCAGCAUUUGGAAGGACAAGUGGAUAUCGGGUUCAAACUCUCUUUAUAUAAAAAGUCCAGUUUGCAUAAUCGAUACAGAUGCAAAGGUUAGUGCCCUUGUUGAUCAUGAUUUAUUUUGCUGGAAAAGGGAUUUUGUGAUGAAUUUUUUUGACCACGAUGAAAUUGUCAAUGUCAUCAGGAUUCCUUUAUUUGUAAGAUAA